AUGGUUAUCGUCGCUGGAGCCUCGAGUUUCCUUGGUAAGCAUAUAACCCAAGCUUUGCUUGAUAAAAACUACUGUGUUAUUGGGAGUGUACGUUCCGAAGAACAAGGAGAGAAAUUGUUAAAUGAGUUUAACAAUGCGAAAUUCUCAUAUGAAAUUGUCAGAGAUACCGAAGUCAAGCAUGCGUUUGACUAUGUUCUCGAUAGACAUCAAAAUGUCGACAAAUUUAUUGAUGCAGUUGGAACUAUACCACUUGGAGUUAAUUAUGAACGGCAAUUGAUUAGACGUUCGGCAAAAGGGGUCAUACAUAUUUUGCAAUCAAUUAGACACCAUGCUCCAAACGUCUUUUUUCACCAAGAAUGUUCAAGAGAGCGUCGAACAGAAUUACAGUUUGUCUCACAAGAUCCUAACUUUGUCGUUGAUGAAAGUAGUUGGAACCCAGAUAAUGUUAUCGCGGGGAAAGAAUCACCGCAAGCUGCGUAUUUUUAUUCCAAAGCUGUUUCUGAAAAGGAAGCCUGGUCAUUUGUGGACAAGCAGAGGACCCAUUUCAAGCGUGUGACUGUUCUUCCAGCUUAUACUUUUGGUCCCCAAUGUUUUGACGUGGAUGUGUCUGACAAUUUGGGUGACUCAACUGAAAUUCUUCAUAGUAUUUUCGAUUUGAAGAAGAACUAUACAAUUCCCCAAAUUAAGGGAUUAUUUGUUGACGCUAGGGAUGUUGCAUUGGCCCAUGUUCUCGCUCUUGAAAAAGAAGAAGCAAUAGGAAAGCGGUUGCUAUUAGCUAGUGAAGAGUUUACCGGUGAAGCAAUCGUGGGUAUCUUGAAUCAACACUAUCCAGCGUUGCAGUUCCCAGAAGCAACAGUUGAAAAAAUUGGGCUUAAGUUUGAUAACAAAAACACAGUGGAGAACUUGCGUAUGGAGAGCCUUAUUCCGUUGGAAACCAGUAUCAAGGAUGGUUUUGAUCAAUACUUAAAAGUAAAGGGAAUAAUCUGCUACUUUUUCCAUAUGCAAAAAACUCUAAAAAUACAUGAAUAUUAUAUGGAAAACAAUCAUGAUAUUCGCUGGCAUCGAUUGUACUCAUUCCAUUUCCGUGUAGUUUUGUAA